ACGCUACCACCAGGUGGCAGCAGGUCAUUGGCUGGGGAAGCUGAGAAAAUGGCGACGUUCUCAAGAACAGGAGCUGAACAAGAAAUACGACAACGUUUAAUUCCAGAAAACGAGCCGGAAUAUGACUCAAGUUUGCCGUAUGGUGGAAAGGUGUACCUUGCUCGAAAAAAGAAGUCGGAUCCAUGGCACAUUCGUGUUGCGGAGGCUUUGAUCAUUAUAUCAACACUGUCAUUUGCCAUUUAUGCAUAUUACUACUUUGACCACCUCCAUUUCCAUGUGACAUAUGCAUAUGGUUACCUUGGUUACCCACAGGCCCAGCACCAGGUUGGGCAGCGGUAUCUACAUGGGAAAGGUGUAGAGAAACAUCAACAGAAAGCAAUGGAAUGGUUUAGGAAAGCAGCAGACCAGGGACAUCCUCAUGCAUCUUACAAUCUUGCUGUGGGACAUCUUAAGGGAUUCAAAACCAAUCUGAAACCGGGGGAGGCCCAUCAGCUGAUAUCCCAUGCUGCAUCCAAAGGUGUGAAGGAGGCCCACCAAGUUCUGCACGAAGUCUGUAGCCGUGGGGGCUGCCAGUAGUCCACCAGUUGUCAGAGUUUGCCAGUAGUCCAGUAAGAGUUAUCUGGGCUACCAAUAGUCCAUCAGGACUUGUUUCUUUGACAACGAGAUCAGUUCAAUAACGGGCACCUGUAUUUUAUGGAUGAAGAUUAUUUAAAUAAUUUAUGAUCAGUUUACAUUAUAAUGCUGAAGCAAUGGAUGGAGUAUGAUAAACUUAAAGUGACUGGUCCACUGACAAUGACAUACAACUAUUAUUUUUGAUAGAGUAAACAGACCUUGCUAAAAAUUGUACCAUUUGCCUGGAGCUAUUAGUAGCUUUUUAUCAUGGAUUUUUGACAUUUUUCUAGGUAUCUUCUAUAAUGUUCAAAGUAAUUAAUAUAAGAUUAUGACAUAGAAAAGUUGAAUAUGCAUUAAUGAAUAUGCAUUAAUGAAAUUAUCAAUAAAUUUUUGUAAUGUGCAAUUUUGUUUUUAAUUCAAGUUAAACCUUCCUUUUUAAUACAAAAACCAUGGUCAAGUGAUUUUCAUAUAAUUUAUAAAAACAAUAAAUUUAUUGAAAUUAGUAAAAUUCUGUAUAUCAAACAUAGCAUUACUGUUUUUAUAAUGGUUUUAAACCACUUUGUAUCUAUGCAUACUACUCUGACGAAGGAUAACUCAAGUUAUUCCUAAAAUGAAUCCGUCCCUACAUAUAUGACACAGUAUUGUUCUAUAGCUGCUGUAGAUUUAAUGGUUGUUGAAAUGCAGAUACUUUGUUGAAAAUGUUUUUUUUUUUUUUAUUUACACAUAUUUAUAAUAAUACACAUUCCAUUUUGUUAAAUGAUAAUCUGUAGAAGUAUAUUUUGUUUAAAUAUAAUUUUGUUAAAAAUUGCAUUAAUCUUCUUCCCCUUGAUGAAUAUUUAACCCAAUGCAUUUCUUUCCACCGAAUAUGUACGGUUCCUUUGCAAUUUGAAAUCUGCUGAAUAUUUUAUGAAUGUGAUAAAUACCUGGUACUUUGUGAAUUUUGUAUCUAAUUGAUAUUGCAUUUAUUUGUUUUUUUUCCCCUGGUUUAAUUGUUGUCAUAAAAUUGAUUAAAUCUUCAGAUUUGAAAGUUGA